CUUUCGGUUUAUAAAACCACUAAAACCCCUUAUUCUCUCGCCUGGGAGAUGCCUUCCAUGGCUACCGGAGACAGAAGAAACUUCAAUCCCAACAGCAAUGGCACCAACAAUCAUCCUCAAUUCGUACCUAAACUCCUUAACGGCGAUCAGAAAUCCGACUCUUUUGCCAGGAGACAGAAGAUUGAGCAACAGAGAAGAUCUUUGCCUAUUGCUUCAGUUGAGAAAAGACUUGUUGAAGAAGUCAGGAAAAAUGAUACCUUGAUAAUUGUUGGUGAAACCGGAAGCGGGAAGACCACACAGUUGCCCCAGUACUUGUUCAAUGGAGGGUUUUGUCGCGAUGGAGGAACAAUUGGAAUCACUCAACCAAGACGUGUUGCUGCAGUAACUGUUGCAAAACGUGUAGCUGAAGAAUGUGGUGUUGAGUUGGGCCAAAAAGUUGGGUACUCCAUUAGGUUUGAAGACAUGACCUCUACCUCGACAAGAAUCAAAUACAUGACAGAUGGAUUGCUAUUAAGGGAAGCACUUUUGGACCCCUAUCUCUCAAGAUACUCAGUUAUAGUUGUUGAUGAAGCUCAUGAGAGAACAGUCCAGACAGAUGUGCUUUUAGGCUUGCUGAAAGAUGUACAAAAGAAGAGAUCUCAAAAAACUUUUAGUGAAUCUAAUAACAAUGGAACACUGGUGAAGGAAGAAAAUAAUGGUGAAGGUGAAGGUAGCAGUGUUAGUGUUGUGAAGCCACAAUUAGUAAGAAAGUUAAAUCCAUUAAAGUUAAUCAUCAUGUCUGCUAGUUUGGAUGCACGAGGGUUUUCAGAGUAUUUUGGUGGUGCAAAAGCUGUUCAUGUUCAGGGGCGGCAGUUUCCAGUGGAUAUUCUGUACACCACCCAACCUGAGACAGAUUGUUUGGAUGCAGCUUUGGUUACAAUAUUUCAGAUACAUUUGGAGGAGGGGCCCGGUGAUAUACUUGUAUUUUUGUCUGGUCAAGAAGAGAUUGAGUCUAUUGAGGGUCUUGUGCGUGAGAAUCUUAAGAAACUACCUGAAGCCAAUCAGAAAGUCUUAAUCUUGCCAUUGUUCUCUUCUCUUCCAUCAGAGAAGCAAAUGAAGGUUUUUGCUCCUGCUCCUGUUGGAUUCAGAAAGGUAAUACUGGCAACUAACAUUGCUGAAACAUCUGUGACAAUACCUGGAAUUAAAUAUGUUAUUGAUCCUGGAUUGGUGAAAGUGAGGAGUUACUCUCCUGAUAGUGGCAUUGAGUCUCUAAUUGUUGUUAAAACUUCAAAAGCUCAAGCUCUUCAAAGAAGUGGGCGUGCAGGGCGUGAAGGAGCUGGGAAAUGCUUUCGUCUUUAUCCAGAGAGCAGAUUUGAGGGACUUGAUGAUUCCACAAUACCAGAGAUCAAAAGAUGCAACCUUUCUAAUGUUAUUUUGCAGCUUAGUGCUCUUGGUGUUGAUGAUAUACUUGGGUUUGACUUCAUGGAGAAACCAGAUAGGAUGGCUGUGAUUAGAUCACUGGAGUUAUUAUACUUGCUAGGUGCUUUAACAGAUGAAAAGAAAUUAUCAGAUCCAAUUGGACACCAAAUGGCACGUCUUCCAUUAGAACCAAAUGAUUCAAAGGCUCUUAUUCUAGCUUCUCAGUUUGAUUGUUUGGAAGAAAUGUUGAUAGUUGUUGCAAUGCUAUCAGUUGAAUCCAUCUUUUAUGCUCCUCGUGACAAGUUAGAAGAGUCGCGAACAGUUAUUAAAUCAUUCUCGAGCCCUGAGGGAGACCAUAUUACUUUACUUAAUGUUUAUCGUGCGUCUCUUGAGUUUUUAGAGAAGAACAAAAUGGAGAAUAGUAAAGAAAAAGCUGAAAAGAAUCUGAGGAAAUGGUGCAAGGAUAACUUUGUUAAUAGUCGUUCCUUAAAGCAUGCUCGUGACAUUUACAAUCAAAUCCGGGAAAAUGUAGAACGGAUGGGGCUUAAGAUAAGUUCAUGUGGAGAUGACAUGGUUCCACUUCGUAGAUGUCUUGCUGCUUCUUAUUUCCUGAAUGCAGCCCUGAAGCAACCUGAUGGAACCUACAGGGUUUUGGCAAAUGGUCAGAUUGCGGAGAUUCACCCGACUUCUGUUCUACGACGUGCAAAAUCAGAGUGCAUAAUAUUUUACAAUCUUGUUCAAACAACGCGUAAUUAUGUGCGCAAUGUUACUAGAAUUGAUUAUUUGUGGUUGGCAGAACUUGCCCCUCAAUGUUACGCCUUGAAGGACUAGACCCAUGCCAUAAUAAUAUUAACACAUUCUGACA